GAUGUCCCCACUAAGCUGGUGGCGAAGGCGGUGCCACUGCCCAUGACAGUGAGAGGCCACUGGUUCCUGAGCCCCAGGACAGAGUACACUGUAGCUGUCCAGACUGCCUCCAAACAGAGUGACGGUAACUACGCUGUCUCUGAAUGGAGUGAGAUCAUCCAACUCUGCACUGGGGGUGAGAACAAGGGGUGGAGGGAGGGGGUGACAGAGAGGUGGAAAGAGAGAGAGAAACAGAAAAGAAAGAGUGAUCGAAAUAGAGAGAGAAAAAGGGAGAGGGAGUGCAUGAAGAAUUAGAGAGAGAUGGAGGGAGAAUUAGAGAGAGCUGGAGGGAGAGAGAGUUUCAUUGAGGGAAGAGCCCUGUAAGAGAGCAGACAGACAGCUGAUGGGUUAGAGUUAUACAGCAGGACAGAUGGAGGGAAGAGCCCUGUCAGAGAGCAGACAGACAGCUGAUGGGUUAGAGUUAUACAGCAGGACAGAUGGAGGGAAGAGCCCUGUCAUAGAGCAGACAGACAGCUGAUGGGUUAGAGUUAUACAGCAGGACAGAUGGAGGGAAGAGCCCUGUCAGAGAGCAGACAGACAGCUGAUGGGUUAGAGUUAUACAGCAGGACAGAUGGAGGGAAGAGCCCUGUCAGAGAGCAGACAGACAGCUGAUGGGUUAGAGUUAUACAGCAGGACAGAUGGAGGGAAGAGCCCUGUCAGAGAGCAGACAGACAGCUGAUGGGUUAGAGUUAUACAGCAGGACAGAUGGAGGGAAGAGCCCUGUCAGAGAGCAGACAGACAGCUGAUGGGUUAGAGUUAUACAGCAGGACAGAUGGAGGGAAGAGCCCUGUCAGAGAGCAGACAGACAGCUGAUGGGUCAGAGUUAUACAGCAGGACAGAUGGAGGGAAGAGCCCUGUCAGAGAGCAGACAGACAGCUGAUGGGUUAGAGUUAUACAGCAGGACAGAUGGAGGGAAGAGCCCUGUCAGAGAGCAGACAGCUGAUGGGUUAGAGUUAUACAGCAGGACAGAUGGAGGGAAGAGCCCUGUCAGAGAGCAGACAGACAGCUGAUGGGUUAGAGUUAUACAGCAGGACAGAUGGAGGGAAGAGCCCUGUCAGAGAGCAGACAGCUGAUGGGUUAGAGUUAUACAGCAGGACAGAUGGAGGGAAGAGCCCUGUCAGAGAGCAGACAGACAGCUGAUGGGUUAGAGUUAUACAGCAGGACAGAUGGAGGGAAGAGCCCUGUCAGAGAGCAGACAGACAGCUGAUGGGUUAGAGUUAUACAGCAGGACAGAUGGAGGGAAGAGCCCUGUCAGAGAGCAGACAGACAGCUGAUGGGUUAGAGUUAUACAGCAGGACAGAUGGAGGGAAGAGCCCUGUCAGAGAGCAGACAGACAGCUGAUGGGUUAGAGUUAUACAGCAGGACAGAUGGAGGGAAGAGCCCUGUCAGAGAGCAGACAGACAGCUGAUGGGUUAGAGUUAUACAGCAGGACAGAUGGAGGGAAGAGCCCUGUCAGAGAGCAGACAGACAGCUGAUGGGUUAGAGUUAUACAGCAGGACAGAUGGAGGGAAGAGCCCUGUCAGAGAGCAGACAGACAGCUGAUGGGUCAGAGUUAUACAGCAGGACAGAUGGAGGGAAGAGCCCUGUCAGAGAGCAGACAGACAGCUGAUGGGUUAGAGUUAUACAGCAGGACAGAUGGAGGGAAGAGCCCUGUCAGAGAGCAGACAGACAGCUGAUGGGUUAGAGUUAUACAGCAGGACAGAUGGAGGGAAGAGCCCUGUCAGAGAGCAGACAGACAGCUGAUGGGUCAGAGUUAUACAGCAGGACAGAUGGAGGGAAGAGCCCUGUCAGGGAACAGACAGACAGCUGAUGGGUCAGAGUUAUACAGCAGGACAGAUGGAGGGAAGAGCCCUGUCAGGGAACAGACAGACAGCUGAUGGGUUAGAGUUAUACAGCAGGACAGAUGGAGGGAAGAGCCCUGUCAGAGAGCAGACAGACAGCUGAUGGGUUAGAGUUAUACAGCAGGACAGAUGGAGGGAAGAGCCCUGUCAGAGAGCAGACAGACAGCUGAUGGGUUAGAGUUAUACAGCAGGACAGAUGGAGGGAAGAGCCCUGUCAGAGAGCAGACAGACAGCUGAUGGGUUAGAGUUAUACAGCAGGACAGAUGGAGGGAAGAGCCCUGUCAGAGAGCAGACAGACAGCUGAUGGGUUAGAGUUAUACAGCAGGACAGAUGGAGGGAAGAGCCCUGUCAGAGAGCAGACAGACAGCUGAUGGGUUAGAGUUAUACAGCAGGACAGAUGGAGGGAAGAGCCCUGUCAGAGAGCAGACAGACAGCUGAUGGGUUAGAGUUAUACAGCAGGACAGAUGGAGGGAAGAGCCCUGUCAGAGAGCAGACAGACAGCUGAUGGGUUAGAGUUAUACAGCAGGACAGAUGGAGGGAAGAGCCCUGUCAGAGAGCAGACAGACAGCUGAUGGGUUAGAGUUAUACAGCAGGACAGAUGGAGGGAAGAGCCCUGUCAGAGAGCAGACAGACAGCUGAUGGGUUAGAGUUAUACAGCAGCAACUAGCAACCAACUUGCAACCAACUGACAAUCAACUGGCAACCAAAUGACAACUUCCUCAGGUUUUAAUCCCCUGUGGAAUGGCUUGUAAUAAAGUGCAAGUUGAAGACUUUCAAAUAAGUGCUUUUAUAUUUUUGUAUUUUUUUUAGAUUACUCUACGGUGCAUCUGACUCAGUUGCUGGAGAAGGCAGAGGGGAUAGCGGGUAGGAUGCUGAGACUCUCAGUGUUUUAUCGGAACCAGCAGAAGGACUACUUCAAUAAAGCAAGGUACGUAUAGCAUCUCAACCUUUAAAAGGUGAAGAGCUUUCUAUUGGUAAUGAGAGAGUAGAAGGUAGUAUUGGGUUGAUAAUAGUAUUGGUAAUAGUAUUGUAUUGAUAAUUGUAUUGAUAAUAGUAUUGGUAAUAGUAUUGUAUUGAUAAUAGUAUUGGUAAUAGUAUUGUAUUGAUAAUAGUAUUGGUAAUAGUAUUGUAUUGAUAAUAGUAUUGGUAAUAGUAUUGAUAAUAGUAUUGGUAAUAGUAUUGUAUUGAUAAUUGUAUUGGUAAUAGUAUUGGUAAUAGUAUUGGUAAUACUAUUGGUAAUAGUAUUGUAUUGAUAAUAGUAUUGGUAAUAGUAUUGUAUUGAUAAUAGUAUUGAUAAUAGUAGUGAUAAUAGUAUUGGUAAUAUUAUUGUAUUGAUAAUUGUAUUGAUAAUAGUAUUGGUAAUAGUAUUGUAUUGAUAAUAGUAUUGGUAAUAGUAUUGUAUUGAUAAUAGUAUUGGUAAUAGUAUUGAUAAUAGUAUUGGUAAUAGUAUUGUAUUGAUAAUUGUAUUGGUAAUAGUAUUGGUAAUAGUAUUGGUAAUAGUAUUGGUAAUAGUAUUGUAUUGAUAAUAGUAGUGGUAAUAUUAUUGUUAAUAGUAUUGUAUUGAUAAUAGUAUUGGUAAUAGCAUUGUAUUGGUAAUAUUAUUGGUAAUAGUAUUGUAUUGAUAAUAGUAUUGGUAAUAGUAUUGAUAAUAGUAUUGGUAAUAGUAUUGUAUUGAUAAUUGUAUUGAUAAUAGUAUUGGUAAUAGUAUUGGUAAUAGUAUUGUAUUGAUAAUAGUAUUGUAAUAGUAUUGUAUUGAUAAUAGUAUUGUUAAUAGUAUUGUUAAUAGUAUUGUAUUGAUAAUAGUAUUGGUAAUAGUAUUGUUAAUAGUAUUGUAUUGAUAAUUGUAUUGAUAAUAGUAUUGGUAAUAGUAUUGAUAAUAGUAUUGUAUUGAUAAUAGUAUUGGUAAUAGUAUUGUAUUGAUAAUAUUAUUGGUAAUAGCAUUGUAUUGGUAAUAGUAUUGGUAAUAUUAUUGUAUUGAUAAUAGUAUUGGUAAUAGUAUUGUAUUGAUAAUAUUAUUGGUAAUAGUAUUGUAUUGGUAAUAGUAUUGGUAAUAGCAUUGUAUUGAUAAUAGUAUUGGUAAUAGUAUUGUAUUGAUAAUAUUAUUGGUAAUAGUAUUGUAUUGAUAAUAUUAUUGGUAAUAGCAUUGUAUUGAUAAUAGUAUUGGUAAUAGUAUUGUAUUGCUCUCCUGUGGUCCAGACAACAGCCACUAACAGACUAAUGUAGCACUCAGUGAGCUGGUUUAUUAUGUAUAGUAUUAUCUUCAAUAGAACCUGAAAGAGCCUCUAGUGAUGUCAUCAUGUCUUCUUUACACAGUGGAGCACUCAGGUCAAAGCCUCCUCAGCAGACACUGACAGCUUCUGGUUCUGCAUUAUGGAACCUCUUACCUCUCUCACUAUCUGUCAAAUGAUUAAGAUUCUCAAAGAGUGACUCAGUUUGAGAUACGUUCUGGCAUUCUAAAAGUGAUCUGUGGUGGGUAGCGAGGAAAGGAUUGUGUUUGUUUUCUAAUAGCUAUUUUUCCUGGCCGUUGGAGCCGGAUAGGACCAAUAGGAAGAUGACCAGUAGAGGCAGAGUUCUGUUCUGUUGUAGACUCAGAGUUCUGUUUGUUUGCUGAUAGUGUAGUGUUUGAUAGAGUUUACAUGCUGAUUGAUUAACGUGGUCUGGUGUGGUGAUAAGCCCCUCUUGUGAUUCCAGAGAGACACAGGACAACCGGAUGCUCCCGGCUGUAAAGGACAACAGUGGCAGCCAUGGCUCUCCCAUCAGCGGCAAGCUGGAAGGCAUCUAUUUCAGCUGCAACACGGAGUUCAACACAGGCAAGCCCCCCCAGGACUCCCCCUACGGACGCUACCGCUUCCAGAUCCAGGCCGAGGCCCUGUUCAACACCAAGACCAACCUGUACUUCGGGGACUUCUACUGCAUGUACACAGCCUACCACUACGUGAUCCUGGUGCUGGCCCCAGAGGGCUCCCCAGGGGACCUAUUCUGUAAGGGCCGCCUCCCGGCGCUGGACAUCUCAGACAACCGCUUCCUGACAUGCACCCAGGAGGAGGAGGGGGGGCGGCUGGUGUUCCACCACGCCCAGGAUGUGAUUCUGGAGGUGAUCUACACCGACCCCGUGGACCUGGCCCUAGGCAGCGUGGAGGAGAUCCAAGGACACCAACUCAGUAGCAUGUCCACCAUCAAUGCUAACAAGGACCCCAGUUGCAAGACCUGCAACAUCAGCGUGGGACGCUAACCGGCUAACUGUGCUAACUGUUUGACUGUGCCACCUGGCUAACCGGCUAACUGUGCUAACUGUUUGACUGUGCUACCUGGCUAACCGGCUAACUGGCUAAUAAGUAAACUGGAGGGGGGGAGGGAGGCGGGUGGGGGGGGGGGGGGGGAGGCGGGGGGGGGGAGGGAGGAGGGUGGGGGGGGGUGCGGAGGGUGGGGGAGGGAGGAGGGUGGGGGGGGAGGAGGGGGUGUUACUACGAGGUCCCUGCAGUUCUAAGGAUAAUAAUGUUUCUCUAACCCUACUGCCUGUGGUGAUUCUGAUGUGGAAAAUUAUCACUAUACUUAGUAAAACUCAAAGUUCUUCCAGAGUUUUUGUAGAAUUAAGAAAGACUUUAUUACAAUUAGACAAAGCCGAGCUGGUCUGCAGAGCAUCCUCCCGUCUACCUCUCAGCCCUCCGUUUAUAUAGUCAUAUUCACAUCCUAGCUUAAAGCCCCUCCCUCUUGGGUUCCCCCACAACCAUCUUCAGUUUCCCCCUCUCGACUGCUCCGCCCACUUCCUUAGUCUAUGAUAGCGGCUAAAUUGGACUUUUAUUCAGUUUAGAAUCAAUAGUAGUAUAAUCAAUCCAGCCCUUAUCAUGCAAAAACACUAAUGUUCAGUUUAAACUCUGUUCAACCCCGGCUCUCCCUGGCUUGACCUGAAGAUUGAUUGUUGGACAUGACAGGUCCACACUCAAUCUUUCGAACGUACCCAAACCCACUCCUCUCUUCCCUCCCGUCAUGCUGUAAUUACUCAUGAUUAGUCUGGUCUAAACUCUGUUCAACUCGGGCGCCGCUCUUUCCACUUUGUUUGAGGAGAGAGGCAAAAGGCCACAGUCUGGUUUCAGUCCCUGAUAAGGUAGGACAGCCAUGGAUUAGGUAAGGACAAGGAAUUCGACCCUAGGUCAGAUCCCCACUUCACACACACACACACAUCCAGUGAAAUGAACCAAUUAAGUUCUUGCCUAGCAACAGAGAAUUCUAAUUAUAUGUUCGUGAUUAACUCUGCUUUAUCUAAAAGUCCACUAAAAAAAUCCCAUCAAUUCUAACAGACGUCAGACAUAUUAUAGAGCUGCAAUGUAAUGAUCUGCCGAAGGUAACAACACCCUGACCAAGCUGUUAGAAGGUAACAACACCCUGACCAAGCUGUUAGAAGGUAACAACACCCUGACCAAGCUGUUAGAAGGUAACAACACCCUGACCAAGCUGUUAGAAGGUAACAACACCCUGACCAAGCUGCUAGAAGGUAACAACACCCUGACCAAGCUGUUAGAAGGUAACAACACCCUGACCAAGCUGUUAGAAGGUAACAACACCCUGACCAAGCUGUUAGAAGGUAACAACACCCUGACCAAGCUGAUAGAAGGUAACAACACCCUGACCAAGCUGUUAGAAGGUAACAACACCCUGACCAAGCUGUUAGAAGGUAACAACACCCUGACCAAGCUGCUAGAAGGUAACAACACCCUGACCAAGCUGUUAGAAGGUAACAACACCCUGACCAAGCUGCUAGAAGGUAACAACACCCUGACCAAGCUGUUAGAAGGUAACAACACCCUGACCAAGCUGUUAGAAGGUAACAACACCCUGACCAAGCUGCUAGAAACAAGCCAUGGUAACAGCUUCACCAAGGCAUAAUGAAUUAGUAUUACGCAACAUGAUCUUGUAAAGGAAUGUGAUUACUGGAUCAUUCUAAUGUUAUCUUGUAAUGGAAUAUGAUUACUGGAUCAUUCUACGGCAGUGAUUCAUUCUGAUCGCGGGUUAUAGGUAUUGCGGUUUUUAAAGACAAUUUCCCAUGGAGCCGACAUAUAUAGCGUUUACCGUGAAUGGGAAUCGAACCCACAACCACAAGCGCCAUGCUCUACCAACUGAGCUACGUAUACCGUGAAUGGGAAUCGAACCCACAACCACAAGCGCCAUGCUCUACUGAGCUACGUUUACCGUGAAUGGGAUCUCCAUGAAUGAAGGAACAUUGCCUUUAAAAGCUGCAAUGCCUAUAACCCGCAAUCUGAAUGAAUCCCAGCCUAAAGCAUUGCAGGUUGCAGCAUUACACUGAUAUCAGUCUGAUGUCAUCACAUCAUCAUUGUUGUCUGCUGUGUUCUGUGUUAUAUGUAUUGCCAUCAUUAACAGAAACCACAUUAUCCUGUGUUAUAUAAAUGGUAGAUUAUCAGACACGCAACAAGAAGGUCUGAUUUCAUUAUUACUGAAACAGGAUCCAAGUGGAAAAUAUUAAGAUCCAGUCCAUUUAAAAAAUUGGAGGCCCCUUACACUUCAGUGUUGUGAUGCAAAAAUUGUAGCAAAAUGCAUAGUGCGUAGAAUUAAAAAGGUAUUGUCGGAUAUUAUUAAUCCUAAUCAGACAGGUUUUUAACAUGGACGAUACAUUGGAGAUAAUAUAAGACAAGUACUGGAAACAAUAGAACACUAUGAAAAAUCUGGGAAACCAGGCCUGGUAUUCAUAGCAGACUUUGAAAAGGCUUUUGAUAAAGUACAACUGGAAUUUAUAUAUAAAUGCCUGGAAUAUUUCAAUUUUGGAGAAUCUCUUAUAAAAUGGGUUAAAGUUAUGUAUAGUAACCCUAGGUGUAAAAUAGUAAAUAAUGGCUACUUCUCAAAGUUUUAAACUGUCAAGAGGAGUAAAACAAGGUUGUCCACUAUCGGCAUAUCUAUUUAUUUUUGCCAUCGAAAUAUUAGCUGUUAAAAUCAGAUCCAACAAUAAUAUCAAGGAAUUAGAAAUCCAGGGUUUAAAAACAAAGGUGUCAUUGUACGCUGAUGAUUCAUGUUUCCUUUUAAAUCCACAACUUGGAUCCCUCCACAUCCUUAUAGAGGAUCUAGAUACUUUUUCUAACCUCUCUGGAUUACAACCAAAUUAUGAUAAAUGCACUAUAUUACAUAUUGGAUCACAAAAAAAAUACAAUUUUUACAUUACCAUGUAGUUUCUCAAUAAAAUGGUCUGAAGGUGAUGUGGACAUACUCGGUAUACAUAUCCCGAAAUAAAUAAAUGAUCUCACUCCACAUUUUUUUUAUAGAAAGUUAGCAAAAAUGGAUAAGCUCUUGCUACCAUGGAAAGGAAAAUACCUGUCAAAUGGUGGAAAAUCCAGUUUACCUAUUUGCUUAUGGUCUUGCCUACACCUAGCAACCUGUUUUAAAAAUUAUAUGAGCAAAAAAUAUUCAAUUUUAUUUGGAAUUGCAAGCCAGGCAAAAUUAAAAUACUCUAUUUAUAUAAUGAAUAUGAAUUCGGAGGGCAGAAAUUAUUAAAUAUUAAAGCAUUAGACCUCUCACUAAAGGCGGCAGUCAUACAAAAGUUAUACUUAAAUCCGAACUGGUUCUCUAGCAAAGUAGUAAGAUUUUCUCACCCCAUGUUCAAGAAUGGCCUUUUCCCUUUAUUCAGAUUACAACCUCUCACUUUCGGUUAUUUUAAAAUGAAAUAAUCUCCAAAAUAUCGCUAUUUUUAAAACAAGCCAGAGAAAGUUGGUUGCAAUUUCGGUUUAAUCCACCAGAAAAGACAGAACAAAUAAUACAACAAAUAUUGUGGUUAAACUCAAAUAUACAAAUUGAUGAAAAAACAUUAUUUCUUGAAAAAAUGUUUAAAAAAAGGUAUCAUCUUGGUAAAUGAUAUCAUAAAUAGGAUUGGUGAAGUUAUGUCACAUAUGCAGCUAACAAAAAUAUAUGGAAAUGUCUGCUCUACCCAAAAUUACAACAAAAUAAUUGCAGCAUUACCGCAAGAAUGGAAGAGGCAAGUGGAAGGGGGAAAAAGUAAGGAACUUGUCUGUCGGCCCUGCAUUAAAGAACAAAAUUGGUUAAAGAAAAUUGUGAUGAAUAACAAAGUAUACCAGUUUCAUUUAAAGACCAAAAAAUUGAUAGUUGUGCCAUAUAGAAAGCAAAAUAGUUGGGAAAAGAUUUUCCAUUGAUUUGCAUAGAUUUCCAUCCAGAUUCCAUGGCACAUGGUUUAUGAACUGCUACACAAAAUGACGCCGGAUUCAAAACUGAAAUUAUUCUACAAAAUUCUUGCAACCAAUAAGUUGUUAUAUACAGUGGGGAGAACAAGUAUUUGAUACACUGCCGAUUUUACAGGUUUUUCUACUUACAAAGCAUGUAGAGGUCUGUAAUUUUUUAUCAUAGGUACACUUCAACUGUGAGAGACGGAAUCUAAAACAAAAAUCCAGAAAAUCACAUUGUAUGAUUUUUAAGUAAUUAAUUUGCAUUUUAUUGCAUGACAUAAGUAUUUGAUACAUCAGAAAAGCAGAACUUAAUAUUUGGUACAGAAACCUUUGUUUGCAAUUACAGAGAUCAUACGUUUCCUGUAGGUCUUGACCAGGUUUGCACACACUGCAGCAGGGAUUUUGGCCCACUCCUCCAUACAGACCUUCUCCAGAUCCUUCAGGUUUCGGGGCUGUCGCUGGGCAAUACGGACUUUCAGCUAGGCCACUCCAGGACCUUGAGAUGCUUCUUACGGAGCCACUCCUUAGUUGCCCUGGCUGUGUGUUUCGGGUCGUUGUCAUGCUGAAAGACCCAGCCACGACCCAUCUUCAAUGCUCUUACUGAGGGAAGGAGGUUGUUGGCCAAGAUCUCGCGAUACAUGGCCCCAUCCAUCCUCCCCUCAAUACGGUGCAGUCGUCCUGUCCCCUUUGCAGAAAAGCAUCCCCAAAGAAUGAUGUUUCCACCUCCAUGCUUCACGGUUGGGAUGGUGUUCUUGGGGUUGUACUCAUCCUUCUUCUUCCUCCAAACACGGCGAGUGGAGUUUAGACCAAAAAGCUCUAUUUUUGUCUCAUCAGACCACAUGGCCUUCUCCCAUUCCUCCUCUGGAUCAUCCAGAUGGUCAUUGGCAAACUUCAGACGGGCCUGGACAUGCGCUGGUUUGAGCAGGGGGACGUUGCGUGCGCUGCAGGAUUUUAAUCCAUGACGGCGUAGUGUGUUACUAAUGGUUUUCUUUGAGACUGAGGUCCCAGCUCUCUUCAGGUCAUUGACCAGGUCCUGCCGUGUAGUUCUGGGCUGAUCCCUCACCUUCCUCAUGAUCAUUGAUGCCCCACGAGGUGAGAUCUUGCAUGGAGCCCCAGACCGAGGGUGAUUGACCGUCAUCUUGAACUUCUUCCAUUUUCUAAUAAUUGCGCCAACAGUUGUUGCCUUCUCACCAAGCUGCUUGCCUAUUGUCCUGUAGCCCAUCCCAGCCUUGUGCAGGUCUACAAUUUUAUCCCUGAUGUCCUUACACAGCUCUCUGGUCUUGGCCAUUGUGGAGAGGUUGGAGUCUGUUUGAUUGAGUGUGUGGACAGGUGUGUUUUAUACAGGUAACGAGUUCAAACAGGUUCAGUUAAUACAGGUAAUGAGUGGAGAACAGGAGGGCUUCUUAAAGAAAAACUAACAUGUCUGUGAGAGCCGGAAUUCUUACUGGUUGGUAGGUGAUCAAAUACUUAUGUCAUGCAAUAAAAUUCAAAUUAAUUACUUAAAAAUCAUACAAUGUGAUUUUCUGGAUUUUUGUUUUAGAUUCCGUCUCUCACAGUUGAAGUGUACCUAUGAUAAAAAUUACAGACCUCUACAUGCUUUGUAAGUAGGAAAACCUGCAAAAUCGGCAGUGUAUCAAAUACUUGUUCUCCCCACUGUAUAUGGGGGAUACAACCUUCCCAGCUCUGCAGAUUUUGCUGCGAAGAGACAGUCAUUACAUCAUUUAUUUUGGUACUGUCCAUAUGUAGAUUGGUUUUGGUCACAGGUCCAGGAAUGGCUGAAGAAUUGCAACAUUUCCCUGGAGAUAACUCUGCAGAUAGCACUACUGGGUGAUUUGAAAAGUCAUAUUCAAUCGAUCAAUAAUAUAAUACUUUUAGCAAAAAUCUUUAUCUUUCAUUUACAAUCUGUAGAAACUAUGAGAAUAGAAAGGCUCAGAACUUUUGUGAAACAUCACAGCACAGUUGAAAAAUAUAUAGCAAAUAGAAAACCGACAUGGAUGGUGUUAAGAGAUAGAUGGGAGGGGUUGAAUGGAGCUGAAGGGUGGGACUAAUAACAACAAGAUAACUAAAGUAAAAUAUACUGUGUCCGUAAAAUGUACAUCGGAUCAGAACUUUGUGAAACAGCAUAGUUAAAAAUAUAUGGCAAAUAUAAAUCAAACAGGAUGGACAUCAGAAAUAGAUGGGAGAGGUUGGGUAGAGGAAGGACAGGAGUAAAAACAAACUAUAUAUAACUACUGUAAAAUAGACUGUGUCCAUAAAAUGUAUAUAGUAUAAGCUGGAAAUAGAAGCCUGGGUGUUGUUGUUCAUUAGUUAACUCCAAUAGGGGAGGGGUGGUAGGGUUAGAAAGUAAUUAAGGAAAAUAUAAUUUAAAAAGAUAUGUAUACAUUUACAUUUACAUUUUAGUCAUUUAGCAGACGCUCUUAUCCAGAGCGACUUACAAAUUGGUGCAUUCACCCUAUAGCCAGUGGGAUAACCACUUUCCAAAAUAUUAUUAUUAUUAUUAUUAUUAUUAUUAUUAUUUUAUUUUUUUUUGGGGGGGGGGGGGGUAAAAGGAUUACUUUAUCCUAUCCCAGGUAUUCCUUAAAGAGGUGGGGUUUCAAAUGUCUCCGGAAGGUGGUGAGUGACUCCGCUGUCCUGGCGUCGUGAGGGAGCUUGUUCCACCAUUGGGGUGCCAGAGCAGCGAACAGUUUUGACUGGGCUGAGCGGGAACUAUGCUUCCGCAGAGGAAGGGGAGCCAGCAGGCCAGAGGUGGAUGAACGCAAUGCCCUCGUUUGGGUGUAGGGACUGAUCAGAGCCUGAAGGUACGGAGGUGCCGUUCCCCUCACUGCUCCAUAGGCAAGCACCAUGGUCUUGUAACGGAUGCGAGCUUCAACUGGAAGCCAGUGGAGUGUGCGGAGGAGGGGGGUGACGUGAGAGAACUUGGGAAGGUUGAACACCAGACGGGCUGCGGCAUUCUGGAUGAGUUGUAGGGGUUUAAUGGCACAGGCAGGGAGCCCAGCCAACAGCGAGUUGCAGUAAUCCAGACGGGAGAUGACAAGUGCCUGGAUUAGGACCUGUGCCGCUUCCUGUGUAAGGCAGGGUCGUACUCUCCGAAUGUUGUAGAGCAUGAACCUGCAGGAUCGGGUCACCGCCUUGAUGUUAGCGGAGAACGACAGGGUGUUGUCCAGGGUCACGCCAAGGCUCUUCGCACUCUGGGAGGAGGACACAACGGUGUUGUCAACCGUGAUGGCGAGAUCAUGGAAUGGGCAGUCCUUCCCCGGGAGGAAGAGCAGCUCCGUCUUGCCAGGGUUCAGCUUGAGGUGGUGAUCCGUCAUCCAUACUGAUAUGUCUGCCAGACAUGCAGAGAUGCGAUUCGCCACCUGGUUAUCAGAAGGGGGAAAGGAGAAGAUUAGUUGUGUAUCGUCAGCGUAGCAAUGAUAGGAGAGGACAUGUGAGGAUAUGACAGAGCCAAGUGACUUGGUGUAUAGGGAGAAAAGGAGAGGGCCUAGAACUGAGCCCUGGGGGACACCAGUGGUGAGAGCACGUGGUGCGGAGACAGCUUCUCGCCACGCCACUUGGUAGGUGCGACCGGUCAGGUAGGACGCAAUCCAGGAGUGAGCCGCGCCGGAGAUGCCCAGCUCGGAGAGGGUGGAGAGGAGGAUCUGAUGGUUCACAGUAUCAAAGGCAGCAGACAGGUCUAGAAGGACAAGAGCAGAGGAGAGAGAGUUAGCUUUAGCAGUGCGGAGAGCCUCCGUGACACAGAGAAGAGCAGUGUCAGUUGAAUGACCAGUCCUGAAACCUGACUGGUUUGGAUCAAGAAGGUCAUUCUGAGAGAGAUAGCAAGAGAGUUGGCUAAAGACGGCACGCUCAAUAGUUUUGGAAAUAAAAGAAAGAAGGGAUACUGGUCUGUAGUUGUUGACAUCAGUGGGAUCGAGUGUUGGUUUUUUGAGAAGGGGUGCAACUCUCGCUCUCUUGAAGACGGAAGGGACAUAGCCAGCGGUCAAGGAUGAGUUGAUCAGCGAGGUGAGGUAGGGGAGAAGGUCACCGGAGAUGGUCUGGAGAAGAGAGGAGGGGAUGGGGUCAAGCGGGCAGGUUGUUGGGCGGCCUGCAGUCACUAGUCGCAAGAUUUUAUCUGGAGAGAGAGGGGAGAAAGAAGUCAAAGCAUAGGGUAGGGCAGUGUGAGCAGGACCAGCAGUGUCAUUAGACUUACAAACGAGGAUCGGAUGUCGUCAACCUUCUUUUCAAAGUGGUUGACGAAGUCAUCCACAGAGAGGGAGGAGGGGGGGGGGGGGGGGGGGGGGGGAGGAUUCAGCAGUGAGGAGAAUGUGGCAAAGAGCUUCCUAGGGUUAGAGGCAGAUGCUUGGAAUUUAGAGUGGUAGAAAGUGGCCUUAGCAGCAGAAACAGAUGAAAAAAAUGUAGAGAGGAGGGAGUGAAAAGAUGCCAGGUCAGCAGGGAGUUUAGUUUUCUUCCAUUUCCGCUCAGCUGCCCGGAGCUCUGUUCUGUGAGCUCGCAAUGAGUCGUCAAGCCACGGAGCUGGAGGGGAGGACCGAGCCGGCCGGGAGGAUAGGGGACACAGGGAGUCAAAGGAUGCAGAAAGGGAGGAGAGGAGGGUUGAGGAGGCAGAAUCAGGAGAGUGGAGGGAGAAGGAUUGAGCAGAGGGAAGAGAUGAUAGGAUGGAAGAGGAGAGAGUAGUGGGAGAGAGAGAGCGAAGGUUGCAGCGGCGCGUUACCAUCUGUGUAGGGGCAGAGUGAGUAGUGUUGGAGGAGAGCGAGAGAGAAAAGGAUACAAAGUAGUGGUCGGAGACAUGGAGGGGAGUUGCAGUGAGAUUAGUAGAAGAGCAACAUCUAGUAAAGAUGAAGUCAAGCAUAUUGCCUGCCUUGUGAGUAGGGGGGGCGGUGAGAGGGUGAGGUCAAAAGAGGAGAGGAGUGGAAAGAAGGAGGCAGAGAGAAAUGAGUCAAAUGUAGACGUAGGGAGGUUGAAAUCCCCCAAAACUGUGAAGGGUGAGCCAUCCUCAGGAAAGGAACUUAUCAAGGCGUCAAGCUCAUUGAUGAACUCUCCAAGGGAACCUGGAGGGCGAUAGAUGACAAGGAUAUUAAGCUUAAAUGGGCUAGUGACUGUGACAGCGUGGAAUUCAAAUGAGGAGAUAGACAGAUGGGUUAGGGGAAAAAUGGAGAAUGACCACUUGGGAGAGAUGAGGAUUCCUGUGCCACCACCCCUCUGACCAGAUGCUCUCGGGGUAUGCGAGAACACAUGGUCAGACGAGGAGAGAGCAGUAGGAGUAGCAGUGUUUUCAGUGGUAAUCCAUGUUUCCGUCAGCGCCAGGAAGUCGAGGGACUGGAGGGUAGCAUAGGCUGGGAUGAAGUCAGCCUUGUUGGCAGCAGAACGGCAGUUCCAGAGGCUGCCUGAGACCUGGAACUCCAGGUGUGUGGUGCGUGCAGGGACCACCAGGUUAGAGAGGCAGCAGCCACGCGGUGUGAGGUGUUUGUGUAGCCUGUGCGGAGAGGAGAGAACAGGGAUAGGCAGAGGCAUAGUUGACAGGCUGUAGCAGAUGGCUACAAUAAUGCAGAGGAGAUCGGAAUGAAAUGAACUAAACAUCUGGGAAAGGAGAGAGCAAGGCCUCCCUCACCAAAAAAAUAUAACUCUCCCAACUUCCACCUCAGAAACUAUAAUUGUUUCACUGAACCACCUGAAUAAAACUCUCCCAACUUCCACUUUAGAAAUUAGAAUUGUUGUAAGCUACAGCGGUUCAAUGUUUCAAGGACUAGACUCAACUUACUUUAUUCAGCUAGCUAACUAGCAUGCUAGCAUCCAAUAACACACAGUUUAGCACCAAUACUUAGUGUAUGUAUAUACACUACCGUUCAAAAGUUUGGGGUCACUUAGAAAGUUCCUUGUUUUCCAUGAAAACAUCCACGAAAUGAGUUUGAAUAGGAAAUAUAGCAAAAUGCAUAGGAAAUGUAGUCAUUGACAAGUUAGAAAUAAAGAUUUUUAAUAUAAAUAAUAAUUGUGUCCUUCAAACUUUGCUUUCAUCAAAGAAUCCUCCAUUUGCAGCAAUGACAGCCUUGCAGACCUUUGGCAUUCUAGUUGUCAAUUUGUUGAGGUAAUUUCACCCCGUGCUUCCUGAAACGCCUCCCACAAGUUGGAUUGGCUUGAUGGGCACUUCUUGCGUACCAUACGGUCAAGCUGCUCCCACAACAGCUCAAUAGGGUUGAGAUCCGGUGACUGUGCUGGCCACUCCAUUAUAGACAGAAUACCAGCUGACUGCUUCUUCCCUAAAUUGUUCAUGCACCGUUUGGAGUUGUGCUUUGGGUCAUUGUCCUGUUGUAGGAGGAAAUUGGCUCCAAUCAAGCGCUGUCCACAGGGUAUGGCAUGGCGUUGCAAAAUGGAGUGAUAGCCUUCCUUCUUCAAGAUCCCUUUUACCCUAUACAAAUCUCACACUUUACCACCACCAAAGCACCCCCAGACCAUCACAUUGCCUCCACCAUGCUUGACAUAUGGCAUCAAGCACUCCUCCAGCAUUUUUUCAUUUGGUCUGCGUCUCACAAAUGUUCUUUUUUGUGAUCCGAACACCUCAAACUUCGAUUUGUCUGUCCAUAACACUUUUUUCCAAUCUUCCUCUGUCCAGUGUCUGUGUUCUUUUGCCCAUCUUAAUCUUUUAUUUUUAUUGGCCAGUCUGAGAUAUGGCUUUUUCUUUGCAACUCUGCCUAGAAGGUCAGCAUCCCGGAGUCACCUCUUCACUGCUGACGUUGAGACUGGUGUUUUGCGGGUACUAUUUAAUGAAGCUGCCAGUUGAGGACCUGUGAGGUAUCUGUUUCUCAAACUAGACACUCUAAUGUAUUUGUCCUCUUGCUCAGUUGUGCACCGGGGCCUCCCACUCCUCUUUCUAUUCUGGUUAGAGCCAGUUUGCGCUGUUCUGUGAAGGGAGUAGUACACAGCGUUGUAUGAGAUCGUCCGUUUAUUGGCAAUUUCUCACAUGGAAUAGCCUUCAUUUCUCAGAAGAAGAAUAGACUGAUGAGUUUCAGAAGAAAAUUAUUUGUUUCUGGCCAUUUUGAUUCUGUAAUCGAACCCACAAUUGCUGAUGCUCCAGAUACUCAACUAGUCUCAAGAAGGCCAGUUUUAUUGCUUCUUUAAUCAGCACAACAGUUUUCAGCUGUGCUAACAUAAUUGCAAAAGGGUUUUCUAAUGAUCAAUUAGCCUUUUAAAAUGAUAAACUUUGAUUAGCAAACACAACGUGCCAUUGGAACACAGGACUGAUGGUUGCUGAUAAUGGGCCUCUGUACACCUAUGUAGAUAUUCCAUUAAAAAUCAGCUGUUUCCAGCUACAAUAGCCAUUUACAACAUUAACAAUGUCUACACUGUAUUUCUGAUCAAUUUGAUGUUAUUUUAAUGGACCCGGAGAAGAUCAGCGCCAUCACAGAUAUGCCCAUCCACCAGAACGUGGCGGAAGUCAGAACCUUCUUAGGCCACAUAUGUGUGUAAGUUCCUCCCACAGUUAUCGAUACAAACAAACCCCUGAGAGACUUAUUAACCAAAGAGAAUGACUGGUCAUGGGGUCACAUGCAACAGGUGGCAUUUGACAACAUCAAAGGAGCCUGGCCACACAGAGAGUACUGACCCAGUACCAUCCCCAAGGAGACCUGGCCUCACAGAGAGUGCUGACCCAGUACCGUCCCCAAGGAGACCUGGUCUCACAGAGAGUACUGACCCAGUACCGUCCCCAAGGAGACCUGGCCUCACAGAGAGCACUGACCCAGUACCGUCCCCAAGGAGACCUGGCCUCACAGAGAGUACUGACCCAGUACCGUCCCCAAGGAGACCUCACAGAGAGUGCUGACCCAGUACCGUCCCCAAGGAGCCUGGCCUCACAGAGAGUACUGACCCAGUACCGUCCCCAAGGAGACCUCACAGAGAGUGCUGACCCAGUACCGUCCCCAAGGAGCCUGGCCUCACAGAGAGUACUGACCCAGUACCGUCCCCAAGGAGACCUCACAGAGAGUACUGACCCAGUACCAUCCCCAAGGAGACCUGGCCUCACAGAGAGUACUGACCCAGUACCGUCCCCAAGGAGACCUGGCCUCACAGAGAGCACUGACCCAGUACCGUCCCCAAGGAGGCCUGGCCUCACAGAGAGUACUGACCCAGUACCGUCCCCAAGGAGACCUCACAGAGAGUGCUGACCCAGUACCGUCCCCAAGGAGCCUGGUCUCACAGAGAGUGCUGACCCAGUACCAUCCCCAAGGAGACCUGGUCUCACAGAGAGUGCUGACCCAGUACCGUCCCCAAGGAGCCUGGCCUCACAGAGAGUACUGACCCAGUACCAUCCCCAAGGAGACCUGGUCUCACAGAGAGUACUGACCCAGUACCAUCCCCAAGGAGACCUGGUCUCACAGAGAGUGCUGACCCAGUACCGUCCCCAAGGAGACCUGGUCUCACAGAGAGUACUGACCCAGUACCAUCCCCAAGGAGACCUGGUCUCACAGAGAGUACUGACCCAGUACCGUCCCCAAGGAGACCUCACAGAGAGUGCUGACCCAGUACCGUCCCCAAGGAGACCUGGUCUCACAGAGAGUACUGACCCA